AGCCACCACUCUACUUCACCCUUGCCAUCCUAUACACACUCCCUUGAGUUCUCUUUUCCCCGUCUGGUAUCUUCACCCGCAAGGGCAGCCUUCUAUAUAGCCACUGAAUAGUUUUGAAUUUUUGCUGCUGUUAUGUCCCUCAGAGGAUGUUUGCGACACUCCAGCAUUGUCCGAACUCGGACCCGGACCUUACAUCCUAGAAUUCGAUCUGUUCAGACACAACCACGAUAUGACUAUGUUCCACCAGACGAGGACCCCGACAAUUCGUUGUACAGUACCCCAGCAGGCAUGGCAACUCCUCGACAGCUGGUACGAUACCUUGACGAGUAUGUCAUUGGCCAGGAGAAUGCAAAGAAAGUGCUCUCUGUCGCCGUGUUCAAUCAUUAUAACCGGGUGCGCGCGAACCUGUCAAUGAUGCAAGACGAAGAGGCAGAGCAAGGUUGGGAUAAUUUGCCAUCCGAAGACCCACGCUACGCUGCGGUUGCACCGGCAUCCAUCCAUCCUCAUCCAUACAGGAUGCCUUUGCCCUCCAUGCCGCUACGUUCGCGGCAUGCUUUCCCUCUGUUUGAGAAAAGUAAUGUUCUCGUAAUAGGACCAACCGGUUCAGGCAAGACCUUACUGGCCAAGACACUAGCCAGAGUGCUCGAUGUGCCGUUCUCCGUGAGCGAUGCAACGUCAUUUACUCAGGCAGGAUACGUGGGCGAUGACGUAGAUAUGUGCAUACAACGACUACUCCAAGCUGCCAAUUGGGAUCCACAACGUGCUAGCAUGGGGAUAGUCUACAUAGACGAAGUCGAUAAGAUCGCUAAGAAAAAUGGCCCAGGGGGAACAGAGGGCAACCGCGAUGUCGCAGGCGAAGGCGUUCAACAGGCUCUCCUCAGAAUGAUGGAAGGUUCCGUUGUGACCGUUCAAGCCAAGGGAGGUGCAGAAGCCUCACCAAUCGGCGGAGAGAGUCGGUCCAGGCCACCACAUCGUAACCUGAACGUGGGUGGACCGAGACCGGAUUCGUACUCAAUAGACACCUCGAAUGUUCUUUUCAUCCUCAGUGGAGCAUUCGUUGGAUUAGACACGGUCAUCAAGCGUAGGGUAUCCAAAGGUUCCAUAGGAUUCACUGCCAACCUUGCCUCGAAAAGCGAAGAUGAUGAAGUCAACAGUUUCAUGCCAUUCUUCACUCCGAAUAAACGUUCGAUACCAAACGUUCUUGACCAUGUGGAACCUUCAGAUCUCGUGAAAUAUGGUUUUAUACCCGAGUUCAUCUCACGGUUACCUUCUCUAGCAACUCUCGCUCCGCUAACACCUGAAGAUCUCCGUCGUGUGCUAACAGAAGUCAGAGGCUCUCUCGUGUCACAGUACACUGCACUUUUCGGAUAUUCUGGUGUAGAGAUUCGAUUCACCGGAUCAGCUUUAGACGAAAUCUGUCACAAGGCUGCCGAAAGAGGUGGUGGCGCUAGGGGCUUGAGAGGAAUUAUGGAAUCGUUACUCUUGGAGCCAAUGUACGAGGUUCCUGGCUCGACGGUUAGGCACGUUUUGAUCACCGACGCUGUUGUUCGUGGUGAGGAAUCUCCUUUGUAUUGGCGCAAAGGCGAAGCACCUGCAUUUUGGGCUGCAUGGGCGGAAGAAGAGGAAAAACGGUCAUCACGUGCUCCCUCAUAACAGAUUUCCUGUAUACUGUAGUAGCUGGAUGAUAUCAUUGUAGUAGUAUGUGGAAGCCUGGAAGUGUAUCUUGAUAUUGUCGGAACAAGGACGCUCAGGAAGCCAGUACAAGAGUUAUC